UGCGAAUGAACGAAGGCGUGUCAUCUUCAAAUAGUCAAACCCAGGGUAGCUCAAAACUGGCUAGGUCAACCAACCAACGCCCGCACUUAAACCACAAACAAACGGUAACGCGAAAAAAAUGAACGCAACGGAUAUAGAACGAUGCAGGAAACGCAUAAUACAGUAUAUAUGGGAUCCCGAGCCUAAGAAUGACGAGGAGCCUGGUUCGCCGAUCUGGUGUCUAGGAACACGCUACCCACCUCAAUGCGUCGAGGAAACAGCCGAUGAAUCUAGAAACCCCGACCAUGGGCAGCAACAGAACACGAACACGAGUGCACCUGGCUGGCCUGAAGCGUUUCUGCUGGACUUCGAGUCAAAGAUAUGGAUGACAUAUAGGUCAAAUUUCCCGCCGAUUCCCAAGGACGCUGGACAAGAGGGAAGCUUAUCACUGACCUUGGGCGUGCGGCUGAGAAGUCAACUCAUCGAUGCCCAGGGCUUCACAAGUGACACCGGAUGGGGGUGCAUGAUAAGAUCAGGCCAAAGCUUACUCGCUAACUCCAUGGCCAUCCUGUUACUGGGCCGUGACUGGCGAAGGGGCGAAAGACUAGAAGAAGAAGGGAAGCUACUCUCGCUAUUCGCCGACUCCCCUCAUGCCCCAUUCUCGAUACACAGUUUUGUCAAGCACGGAGCAGAUUUCUGCGGAAAGCAUCCAGGGGAAUGGUUUGGGCCAACUGCUACAGCUAGAUGCAUACAAGGCCUUGCAGCGAGAUACGACCAGUCGAAUCUCCAAGUUUAUAUUGCAGAUGACAACUCGGACGUUCAUCAGGACAAAUUUAUGAGUGUGUCCAGGGAUGAAAAAGGCACUGUUCGCCCGACGCUCAUACUGCUGGGUCUCAGACUUGGAAUCGACCGUAUCACUGCAGUAUACUGGAAUGGACUAAAAGCCGUGCUACAGCUGCCACAAUCCGUGGGGAUCGCGGGAGGACGUCCGUCAGCUUCCCAUUAUUUUGUAGCUGUCCAGGGUUCGCAUUUCUUCUACCUUGACCCACACAACACCCGCCCUGCUCUAAGAUACAGCGAAUCAGGGACGUACACGGAAGAUGAAGUCAAUACCUACCACACUCGUCGACUGAGAAGACUCAACAUCCAAGACAUGGACCCAAGCAUGCUCAUAGGAUUCCUAAUCAGAGAUGAGGACGAUUGGGAAGACUGGAAAGCUCGGAUUAUGUCCCUGGAAGGAAAACCCAUAAUAACAAUCCUAAGCGAAAGCGACGCCGCCUCCUGGAAAGGGCGAAGGGAAGCACUAGACGAAGUUGAGGCAUUUGAUGAUCUUGACGUCGCGUUGUAGUAAAUCAGUGAAGACGACCGCCCAGCCAGCAGUUGUACCUAGGAGUAUGAGUGCAAGGUACAAUAUACCCAGAUAGGCAA